GCAGCGCCGUGAGUGAAGACCCUGUGACGUCAUCACGCAAAACACGGAAGCGGCACUCUGUGUGUUUUCGGUUUUGCGAGCGUUGUUUGUGUUUACGGACGUGUGUUUCCGGUCUGCACGUGCAACGGACUCGUUGUAUGGUGACGUGCACGUGGCCGCAGCCGUGAUGAUCCCGGUGUCGGUGGUGGUUUGUGUGAUGGCAGGAUGGUGUUCUGUUUAUCUCAUGGACACCGUGAUCAGGGUAAUAUACACACAGGUCGUCCAGCUCGCUGAAGAUCCGCUACGAGUCGUGGCUGUCGUCCAGCGGCGUGUCUCUGUCCCCCUUCCACGUGCGCUGGAACACCAGCAUCUUUAAUCCCCUGUUUGCCAGAUGUGCGCGUCUGAACCCUCACUUCCUGUACAUAUGGUUCAGUGCCGGGAUGGUGUUCGGUGUCGUGGCGAUGUUCGGCUCGGUUCUGCUGCUCGGUCGCACUCUGCUGCAGACUUUGGCUCAGAUGAUGGCCGACACACCCGACGGUUCCCAUGAGCAGGUUCUGCAGGUGGUGGUUCCAGGGGUGAAUUUGCCCGUAAGCCAAUUGGCCUAUUUCUUCAUCGCUAUUCUGCUCAGUGGAGUUAUACACGAGUUUGGCCACGGGGUGGCAGCACUGAGGGAGCAGGUGAGGCUGAAUGGCUUUGGCAUGUUCCUGUUUGUGAUUUACCCUGGAGCCUUUGUGGAUCUCUUUACCACUCACCUGAACCUCAUCUCACCUGUCCAGCAGCUGAGGAUAUUCUGUGCAGGUGUGUGGCACAACUUUAUGCUGUGUGUCGCAGCGGUGUGUUUCCUCCUUAUGCUGCCGCUCCUCCUCUUCCCUUUCUACUACACCGGAGCAGGAGCGCUCGUCACCGAGGUGGUGGAGGGUUCUCCAUCCAGCGGCCCACACGGCCUGUAUGUGGGAGAUCUGGUGACUUGUCUGGAGGACUGUGAGGUCAGUAGUGUGGACGACUGGCACUCCUGCAUCCAGCAGCUCUCACUCCGGCCUCAGAGAGGAUACUGUGUCCACCACAACACGCUGCAGCUGAACCGUGCCAACGGCAGAGAGUUCAGACGUCUGGACGGAACGAUUGAGUGCUGCAGCAAUAACAGUCUGACUGACCUCUGCUUCUACUACAGCACUGAGAGUACCAACAAGCUGACACAGUUUGCAUGUUUACCUGUGCGGAAGACGAUCCAUGUGAGUCAUACGUGUCGCAGUAACUCGGACUGUGAGUCAGCCGUGAGUCCGAGCGUGUGUGUGAUCCCGUCGUUGGAGAAUCAGACUCGUCUGAUCCGGGUGAAACACGCCCCGCAGGCCGACAUGCUGUUUGUGGGCUACGUGUCUCACCUGCAGUACUCGGUGAGUCUCACUAACUUUGUUCCUCGACUUGGUUUCCUUCACCUCGACCUGCCGGUGAUGCUGGAGACACUGUGCAAGUAUCUGUUGUCGCUGUCCGGUGCUCUGGCCGUGGUGAACGCGGUGCCGUGCUUCGCUCUGGACGGUCAGUGGAUGCUGAACGCUUUCCUGGAGGCCACGCUGAGUUCUGUGCUCCCGGAGAAGAGCAGCCGAGAGCUCCUGGGGUUCUUCGUCCUGCUGGGAGGGAGCGCUCUGCUCGCUGCCAACGUUGCUCUCGGGUUAUGGAUGGUCACAGCUCGAUAACGGACGGCUGUCUCCUCCGAUCGGUGAUCGGGGGAGGGACUUAGUAUUUUCUUUUCGAAUUCCGUGCUAACUUCCGUAAAAACACCUGUGAAGAUGUCUGUGAGAAGAGAGAACUUCGCUGCUGAAGCUUCUUUUUUUCUAAAUGACGUCCUGCUCGCUACAACCGUCAGCGUGCACAGCUUCUGGGAAGUUUAUUCAGUGCACCGUGUCCGGGGUACGAAGCGUUUCCACAUCCCCCGUCCUUCGGCUGUACGGAGUUUACUCAGUUUACUCUGUACUCCGAUGAGAAACUGCAGAGCUCCAACACGGGGUUGCUGAAGGACGGCGUAUCUGGAAACGAUGAUGCUAACCAUGUUCAUAAAUGAUUUUGUUUCCUCGGGGUGAUUGUUGUCUUGUGAUCCAUUUCCAUGGGGGGGGGCAAUACUUUGUGCAGCACAACAGGUGGGCUACAGUUGGAAAUCGUGCACCAGUAUUUUUGAUUCAUUGCCUUAUAAAUGUAUAGAAGAGCUGUGAAUAAAAAAUGUCACUUUUUUAAGCGUCAA